CGUCACCAUUGGUACCAUACUAAAUUAAACCCUUCAUGCUCCAUCUCUCCACUUCCAGCUGUACCCAUUUUUAUCACCCUAUAAAUACCCUUCUCUUCACUUCAUUUCAUCACUUCCAACACAAACACUCACUCAAUGGCUUCUUUUUACGGUUUCAGUCUCACCAUUUUCUCUUCUCUUCUUUUGAUAUUCUUGACCUGCAACCCUACCCUAGCCACUACAAGAAAACUCACAGCUUUAGUUCAAGAACAGCCUCUGGUUCUUAAGUACCACAACGGCCCUCUACUUAAAGGCAACGUUGCCCUUAAUCUCCUUUGGUAUGGCAACUUCUCUCACAUUCAGCGCUCCAUUAUCGUUGAUUUUCUUAACUCUCUCAAUUCUGUUAAAACUCCAUCACCUUCUGUUUCUUCCUGGUGGGAAACUACUGGGAAGUACAGAGGAGGUCCUUGCACCGUCGCCAUAGGGAACCAAGUUCUUGAUGAGAAUUACUCUCUUGGUAAAUCACUCAAAUUGGCUCAGCUCCCUGUUUUGGCCUCCAAAGCUGGUGCUCGCGGUAAAAAUCCAAUCAAUUUUAUUUUUACCUCUGAUGAUGUGGCGAUCGAAGGGUUUUGUAUGAGUCGGUGCGGGACUCAUGGGUCGGGUCAGGAUAAUAAGGGAAAGUUUGCUUAUGCUUGGGUUGGUAAUUCAGUGAGACAGUGUCCUGGUCAGUGCGCGUGGCCUUUUCAUCAGCCGAUUUAUGGACCGCAGAAUCCUGCUUUGGUUGCUCCUAACGGUGACGUAGGAAUUGACGGUAUGGUUAUAAAUGUGGCCACGGUUUUGGCGGGAACAGUGACGAAUCCGUUUAAAAACGGUUAUUUCCAGGGCGAUGUUAACGCGCCGCAGGAGGCAGUUACCGCGUGCACGGGUAUAUUUGGGAAAGGAGCGUACCCGGGAUAUCCAGGGGAGGUUCUGGUGGAUAAAACGACAGGAGCUAGUUACAAUGCGUUCGGAAUCAAUGGGCGGAAAUACCUGGUACCUGCUAUGUGGGACCCACAAUCCUCCACCUGCAAAACCCUCGAGUGAAUAACUGAAAAAAUAAAAAGAUAUAUAUACAAAAAAACCCUCAAAAGUUUCAAGUUUUGUGUUGUAUCUAUAUGUACUUUAGAUGUAGAUAUCGAGCAGAAACGUAGCUGGUGAUACUUUUUUGGAUGCUAUUGUAGAAUGUUGAGUACUGUUUUUAAUAAUUAAAAAGUUUAAACUUCUUCUGAGUA